AUGACCGCCCCGACCCCAUCGGCGCCGUUGCCGCCCGAAUGCGAGGCGCGCACGCGCUGCUUGGCAUUCAGGGCGGCCGCCGGCGCGGCCGCCGCGGCGCUCGCGGCCGCCGCCGGUGCCGCCCAGGCGUUGCGGGCGCUCGCGCCCUGGCAGCUGCUGUUCCUGUGGCUGGCCGCUGAGGCCACGUUCGCGUUCGUGUGGGCCGACAAGCUGCGCCGCUUCAACGCGCGGCCCGCCGACCACCGGCCCGCCGGCCACGACGGCGCGGCGACCGCGCGGCGCGUCUUCCUGCAGCUGCGGCACCACUUCGCGUUUUCAGAGGCCUACCUGAGCCCCUGGUUCAGUCGCGGCGCCGGCGCCUCUCAGUAA